AUGAGCUUCAUCUGUGGACUGCAGUCUGCUGCUAGAAACUGUUUUUUCUUCCGAUUUAAUUUACUGACCAGUUGGAGAAAAUGUAACAUACAAGCUGUAACCUCACAGGGCUUUCAUCAAGUGAAAAUUAACCAUAUAGAAAAUAAAUCUCCGGGCCUGGGAGUAAAUCACAUUGAUAGAUGGACUCCUCUGCCUGAAAACUUUCUCUUCUAUAGGACUUUUAAUACCAAAAGAAAAGACUUCCUUUUGAGCACCAGAAGUAAGGAAAUUUGGAUGAUUAGCCGAAAAUAUACUGCAUGGACUGACUCUUUUUCAAGACAGCUACUGAUGAAAGACGUUCCCAUAGUUCCUGCUCAUUCGCUGUUGCAUCCCCUGAACUGUUUACCUGCAAGAGACGUCAGGAGUUUCCACACUUCUCCACGGUGCCGAGCUACUCCUGUUCCUCUGUUGUUGAUGAUUCUUAAGCCAGUGCAGAAGCUGCUUGCAAUCAUUGUGGGCAGGGGCAUAAGAAAAUGGUGGCAGGCACUUCCUCCUAACAAGAAGGAACUAUUUAAAGAAAGUUUAAGGAAGAAUAAAUGGAAGCUCUUCCUUGGCUUGAGUAGUUUUGGAUUGCUUUUUGUAGUGUUUUAUUUUACACAUCUGGAAGUGAGUCCAGUCACAGGAAGGAGCAAGCUACUGUUAUUGGGGAAAGAACAUUUCAGACUUUUAUCAGAACUGGAAUAUGAAGCAUGGAUGGAAGAAUUUAAAAAUGAUAUGCUAACUGAGAAAGAUGCGCGAUAUGUGGCUGUUAAAGCAGUGGUUCAUCAUUUAAUUGAAUGCAAUCAAGAUAUUCCAGGGAUUUCUGAGAUCAAUUGGAUUAUUCAUGUGGUUGAUUCCCCAGAUAUAAAUGCCUUUGUACUUCCAAAUGGACAAGUGUUCAUCUUCACUGGACUUUUAAAUAGUGUGACUGAUAUUCAUCAGCUUUCUUUCCUUCUGGGCCAUGAAAUAGCACAUGCAGUGCUUGAGCAUGCUGCAGAAAAGGCUAGCUUGGUUCAUUUAUUGGAUUUCCUAGGUCUGAUUUUUCUUACGAUGAUUUGGGCCAUUUGUCCUCGAGAUAGUUUGGCACUUUUGGGCCAGUGGAUACAGUCUAAACUGCAGGAGUUUUUGUUUGAUAGACCAUAUAGUAGAACGCUGGAGGCUGAAGCUGACAAAAUUGGACUACAGCUUGCUGCCAAGGCCUGUGUGGAUGUCAGAGCCAGUUCAGUGUUUUGGCAGCAGAUGGAAUUUGCAGAAAGCCUCCACGGUCAUCCCAAGUUGCCAGAAUGGUUAUCUACACACCCUUCUCAUGGCAAUCGAGCUGAGCACUUGGAUAGGCUCAUACCUCAGGCUCUCAAAAUUAGAGAGACCUGUAAUUGCCCACCACUUUCUGGACCAGACCCUCGAUUACUAUUCAAACUCAGCAUGAAGAAUUUUCUUGAAGCAGAGAAAGAAGACCUAAAUAUCACGGUUAAACAGAAAAUGGAUACUCUUCCCAUCCAAAACCAGAAGCAAAUACCAUUAACAUGUAUAGUGGACAAAAGAACUGGCAGCUGA